CCACUUAUUCUCUCUCUCGUAUUCUUUCGUGCCCGUGGUUCUCGAUUCUCGAGGUUCCAGUUAUCGCUCGCUCGUUCCUCGACUCGUAUCUUCGUUAGGGUUUCCUCGGCUUCGACGGGGGAAUCUAUCUCAGAUCAAGCAAGCUUCACUGUGAAGGAUUUCGAUCGGAGCUAUUGGUUAGACUGAGGGAUUUUGGUUCUUCUGGUUUUGGUUUCUCAAUUGAUUUGGCAAAGGGUUUUCAUAUCUGUUGGAAUUUUGAUACUGAGGGAAGAUGUUCGGAAGGCAGCCUAAGAAGAGUGAUAAUACCAGGUAUUAUGAGAUUCUUGGGGUCCCGAAAAAUGCGUCGCCGGAGGACUUGAAGAAGGCGUAUAAGAAGGCGGCAAUUAAGAAUCAUCCGGACAAGGGAGGAGAUCCUGAGAAGUUCAAGGAGUUAGCUCAGGCUUAUGAGGUUCUGAGCGAUCCGGAGAAACGUGAAAUAUAUGAUCAGUAUGGAGAGGACGCUCUCAAGGAAGGAAUGGGUGGAGGAGGUGGCCAUGACCCAUUUGACAUAUUCCAGUCCUUCUUUGGUGGCAACCCAUUUGGAGGUGGUGGUAGCAGCAGGGGACGGAGGCAGAGGAGGGGAGAGGAUGUGAUCCAUCCUCUGAAAGUCUCUCUGGAGGACCUGUACGUGGGUACAUCUAAGAAGCUGUCGUUGUCCAGGAAUGUGAUAUGCUCCAAGUGUAAGGGGAAAGGAUCAAAAUCUGGUGCUUCCAUGAAAUGUCCUGGUUGUCAAGGAUCUGGUAUGAAGGUUUCCAUCAGGCACCUCGGUCCCUCUAUGAUUCAGCAGAUGCAGCACCCUUGCAAUGAGUGCAAAGGAACUGGGGAGACCAUCAACGACAAGGACCGAUGCCCACAGUGCAAAGGUGAGAAAGUUAUUCAGGAGAAGAAGGUGCUGGAAGUCAUCGUUGACAAGGGUAUGCAGAAUGGACAGAGAAUAACGUUCCAAGGAGAGGCUGAUGAGGCGCCUGACACAAUCACAGGGGAUAUAGUCUUCGUUCUGCAGCAGAAAGAACAUCCCAAGUUCAAGAGAAAGGGAGAUGAUCUCUUUUAUGAGCACACCUUGUCUCUAACUGAGGCCUUGUGUGGAUUCCAGUUUGUACUGACUCACUUGGAUAACAGGCAGCUCCUCAUUAAAUCUAGCCCCGGGGAAGUAGUGAAGCCUGAUCAAUUCAAGGCCAUCAAUGAUGAGGGCAUGCCCAUGUACCAGAGGCCAUUCAUGAGGGGGAAGUUGUACAUUCACUUCACAGUUGAGUUCCCGGACUCUUUGACCAUGGAGCAGUGCAAGGCGUUGGAAGCCGUGCUCCCACCGAGAACAUCUCAGCAGCUGACAGACAUGGAGCUGGAUGAGUGUGAGGAGACAACGCUGCAUGAUGUCAACAUUGAGGAAGAGAUGCGGAGGAAGCAAGCUCAGGCCCAAGAGGCCUACGAAGAAGAUGAGGAUGUUCAUGGUGGUGCACAAAGGGUACAGUGUGCUCAGCAGUAGGAUCAUUUAGCUACUACUCAUGAAGUGGGUAAUGGAUGAUUUUUUUUAGAUGGAGGAAUGGAAGAUAGAGUGGGAGAGAACAUGAAAGAACAGGAAAUUGAUAUUGUUAACAAUGCUUUCGUUAAGGUUUUUUGGAAUUUUUCGUUAGUAUAUAAAUGCAAGGAAGUUUUGUAUUCAAAUGAUCAAAUCCAUUCUUGUGUUUCAGCUUCAAUGCUACUUAAUAUUCAGAACACUUCUUUAAAUCUUA